GCAGAGAAACUGUUUGUGUGUGUGACAGAGUAAAGCGGCACCUACAACCCUCACCAUCUGAUAUCCGAGCUGGGCACCGCUCUGGAUGCAGCCAUAGAGGGAUAUUGUUCAAGGAAUGGAGUACCUGGAACUGAAACGGCUUGUGCAUUGGGACCUGCUUGCUGCCAGAAAUAUUUUUAUAUCAGAAAAAGGAGAAGCCAAGAUAAGUGAUUCUGGUCUAAGCCACAGCUACAGCAAGAUGACCUCAGCAGGCUUCCGAUUAAAUGGACGGCACCAUAGAAAUUCUCUUCCCGCCCAGAUGUAUGGAGUUUUGGUGUGCUGCUAUGGGAGAUAUAUUCAUAUGGACAGGCUCCAUACCCCAAAAUGGCUGUCUUUUCAGGACACACUCACCUUGUUUAGGCAACACAGGAAGGACAGUGAGAGUGAAAGAAGGACUUCGGAGAUUGUAAAGGGAGAUUUAUCACAUAGAGUGUGGCAUUCAAACAUGGCAUUCAUGUUAAAAGCGAUGAUGGGAUCUUCAAUGAAGAACUUGGGGAAUAACCUCGGAGGUGAAGCAGAGGUGAAGGAAAAUCCAGAUGGAAAGGAGACAGCAGAGUCCAAGGGAAUGACACGGGAAGAGUUUGAGGAGUAUCAGAGACAACUAGUGGAAGAGAAAAUAGAACGAGAUCACGCCUUUGCACAUAAGAAAGCAGAGCGAGCAGCUGUCAGAAUGCACAUGAGGGACAAAUACAGACUUCCACAGAGUGAAAAGGAUGAUGCCCAGCUGCAGAUGGUGGGAGGAGAAGUUGAACUUCCAGAGGAUCUGGCUAAAAUGGUGCAAGAAGAUGAGGAAGAGGAGGAAGAGCAGGACUCCUUACUGUCCAUGUUGCCAGAAUUUGAUAUUGAUGCCCUCAAGGUACGAGCACAAGGCACAUAUACUGAGGUCCGCAGGGUGGCUGAAGAAAAGUGUGUGCUUAUGUGACAGCUUCUACAGUCUGGCAUUAUGAAGCUACAAGAAGAAGAUGGAAAUACAAUGAGAAGGUGGAAAGGCACCAACAAAUGUGACUCCUCUAUAUGAUACUUGGUUUGACAGGCACUUCUGCACAAGUUAAUACUUUGGAUUGGCUAAACAAGCAAUAGAGCAUGGAUUCUGCUAUUUAUUAGAUCUAAGAAGCAAUAGCAAAUUUACACCACACGAGAGCUCACAUCCUAACACUUUCACAGUCUAGCACAGACAUUUAACAAAUAAUGCGAAUCUCAUAUCAAAGCCUGAAAAACAAACAGUGCACCUUAACACUUUCAAAUUCACUAUUAUACAGUUCAGAGCUUAACUUAAUAAAGUUUUUACUACACAAUU